GCAGCGCUGAAAUAAAAAAAUAACUACAUUACCCAGAAUCCUUCACAACGAGAACCCGUCACUGCUCGUGUUACAUCGUUGCCUGGCAACAUGUUCAUCACGGGACAGUUGGUCUGAGCCCAAGUUCACCUUAUCGAUAACCUUAUUAACCCUAACUUAACUUUAUCGAGAAGAGCGCAGCGGGGAGGAUUACAGCUUAGUCUUUGUUCAUGAGUGACUGACGUGUAAUGAGAGAGAAGCGAUGAACUGAAAAUACUUUUUUUUUUUCUACAGAUAAAAAUUGCGGAAAGUCAAUGAAAUGAUGUCAGUUGAAGGUUUCCUCAGAGGAAAAGUUGAGAAACCUGCUUCCCAACUGGAAGGAUGUGAGACCAAACCCCCAGUGAUGCGUCAGGAGGCUGAGAGACAGUCGCAGGAGAUUCCUGCUGAUAAGUUCUACGAGUACGAGAAGCUUCACUCGAGGCCGUUUGUCUUACCUGAGUCUGAGAUCCCAGAAGACCUGCUGCACCUCCAGUAUCCUUGUCUGCAGGGAUGUGUAUUGUUGAACUUCUGGCAAUACGAUACAUAUCACGAUACAGGGGAGACGAUACGAUAUAUCACGAUAUAUUGCAAUACAUUCAGUCAGACGUUACAAGCAAUUUUUUUUACUGAAUUUAUUGUAAGAAUGUUCAAUAAACUGUCCAAACUGAUACGUAACAUGUUUAACAUGAGGUAUCUGACCCAUGAUGGAGGGAUUUACAUUUUAAAUGGUGGAAACAAAACCCGUUGCACACUGCUGCCAACUAGCGGGUGGCGAUUGAAUUGCACAAAACGAAAAGAAAAUACACAAAUGUUUGCAUGUAAAUUCUUUCAAAGAUUAGAUACACGGCUUUUGAAUAUCAAUGUAAUAAUCGCAGGAAAAAAAUCUUGAUAUAUUGCCAUAUUGAUAUUUCCGAUACACAGCUUUUGAAUAUCGAUAUAAUAUUGCUGGAAAAAAUAUCACGAUAUAUUGCCAUAUCGAUAUUUUCUUACAUCCCUACUUGUCUGUGGAGCCGUUCUGUGGAUAUUUACAUCACACGUUCAACGUUUUGUUGUUCCAUAUUAGCACUCAUCUUUAGAACAUCCCAGCUCUCCAUGAGCUGGGUUCCAACAUCAGCGUAGUUUUUCCAAAGUCACUUCUCUCCCCCUGCACGUUCACCAUCCAACAAUAUUACGCUUGAUUAGAUGGACACUGGUGGAGCACUAGGACCAAGGGGAAAACAACCACUUGUGUUGAAGCCUGUUCCCCAUAAGAACCGCCCAUAAGCUCAUCUAUUGGCUCUGCUGAUUCUUGCUAACGUGUGAUUGGCUGUUCCUGCUGUCACUCUACGUAGUAAACAGGACGCGCUUACUAUUUUUUCUAGUUUGCCAGCUGUCAGGGGGUAUUCCAGAAAGCAAGCUUAGAAGAUCAGGGAUCUCCUGAAAAAUCCCUGCUUGACAAAGCGCUCCCCUCCCUUCCCGGUUUUAUCGGCUCCACAAACGAUUCUCAGGUGGAUUCAGUCCCCUAUCGGCAACCAAGGCUCACUCGCGUCCAUAGGCAGACCCUGUUAAUCGAUGCUAGAUAAAAGACAAUGGAAGUAAAGGACACAGCUGUGUUCUUCAUCCAGACGGAGCAGUAAUUAUUCACUCAUGCCUACGACGACCGCACAGAUAUCAGAACUACAACAGAGACCACCAGCUGUUUGAAUAAAGCAGUGUAGCUGGAGCUGUUUAGUUAGAAUGCUCAGCGUUUACACGUUUCCAUGGUAACGCCGGAAGUCAGCGCUUGUUUCUCCACAUGUUUUAAUAAAGUUUUCAUCAUCUAUGUGUGGUUUUCAUGUUCUGCCCCAGAGUCUGGAUGUUUAGACUUUGUUUCUGCUGAGCAGCUGUGAGUUUUAAGAACAUACGUUGGUGGUGGUCAUGUGACCCUGAAGUUAACUCUGGAAACCGUUUGUC